AUGGAGUGGCCCAUCCACGCGGUCCAGCUUCCUGUGCAGGGAGACGGCGAACCGUGGGUGGCGUUGGGCCGGCCUGUAGCUGCGUCAUCCGAGCACCGAAACUCCCUAAUUGUGGAGAGGGAGAACCAGGGGCCCCUUGGAGCAGGAGGAGGAGAACCCGGGGCCCCCUUGGAGCAGGAGGAGGAGAACCCGGGGCCCCCUUGCAGCAGGAGGAGGAGAACCCGGGGCCCCCUUGCAGCAGGAGGAGGAGAACCCGGGGCCCCCUUGGAGCAGCAGGAGGAGAACCCGGGGCCCCUUGGAGCAGGAGGAGGAGAACCCGGGGCCCCCUUGCAGCAGGAGGAGGAGAACCCGGGGCCCCCCUUGCAGCAGGAGGAGGAGAACCCGGGGCCCCCUUGCAGCAGGAGGAGGAGAACCCGGGGCCCCCUUGCAGCAGGAGGAGGAGAACCCGGGGCCCCCUUGCAGCAGGAGGAGGAGAACCCGGGGCCCCUUGGAGCAGGAGAGGGAGAACCCGGGGCCCCCUUGGAGCAGGAGAGGGAGAACCGGGGCCCCCUUGGAGCAGCAGGAGGAGAAACCCGGGGCCCCUUGGAGCAGGAGGAGGAGAACCCGGGGGCCCCCUUGGAGCAGGAGGAGGAGAACCCGGGGCCCUUGGAGCAGGAGGAGGAGAACCCGGGGCCCCCUUGCAGCAGGAGGAGGAGAACCCGGGGCCCCUUGGAGCAGGAGAGGGAGAACCCGGGGCCCCCUUGGAGCAGGAGAGGGAGAACCCGGGGCCCCCUUGGAGCAGGAGAGGGAGAACCCGGGGCCCCUUGGAGCAGGAGGAGGAGAACCCGGGGCCCCUUGGAGCAGGAGAGGGAGAACCCGGGGCCCCCUUGGAGCAGCAGGAGGAGAACCCGGGGCCCCCUUGGAGCAGGAGGAGGAGAACCCGGGGCCCCCUUGGAGCAGGAGGAGGAGAACCCGGGGCCCCUUGGAGCAGGAGGAGGAGAACCCGGGGCCCCCUUGGAGCAGGAGGAGGAGAACCCGGGGCCCCUUGGAGCAGGAGGAGGAGAACCCGGGGCCCCUUGGAGCAGGAGGAGGAGAACCCGGGGCCCCUUGGAGCAGGAGGAGGAGAACCCGGGGCCCCUUGGAGCAGGAGGAGGAGAACCCGAGGCCCCUUGGAGCAGGAGGAGGAGAACCCGGGGCCCCUUGGAGCAGGAGGAGGAGAACCCGGGGCCCCUUGGAGCAGGAGGAGGAGAACCCGGGGCCCCCUUGCAGCAGGAGAGGAAGAACCCGGGGCCCCUUGGAGCAGGAGAACCCGGGGCCCCUUGCAGCAGAAGAGAAGGUGUUUGCAGCCAGAUUUACACAUAA